AUGGCACAAGGAAGUAAGGAUAACGCCGCCGCGGCCGCCGCCGAAACUUUAUUAAACGUCGAAUCGGAUCCGGUCGUAAGCCGUGUAGCGGUGCGCUUACCGCCAUUUUGGCCCGAGGACCCUGAAGUUUGGUUCGUGCAGGCGGAGGCACAAUUCCAAAUAUCCGGUAUCAAGGAAGAUACUACAAAGUUUUACCACAUUAUCUCGCAGCUGGAACAAAGGUACAUCCGCGAAAUUAAAGAUAUCAUAAAAAAUCCACCCGCUACCGGCAAAUACGAAAAAUUGAAACAAGAACUUAUUAAGCGUUUGUCAAUUUCACGAGAGCACCAAAUUACCCAGCUGCUUUCCCAUGAAGAACUGGGUGAUAGGAAGCCGUCACAAUUCUUACGGCAUUUAAAAACUCUCGCCGCCAACGAAGUUUCAGACGAAUUUUUACGUAGUAUGUGGUCGAGCCGCUUGCCACCUCACAUACAAGCUAUAAUUGUUUCGCAUACUAUCGGCACCUUGGAAGAUGUUGCGGAGCUAGCAGACAAGAUAUACGAGGUCGUGACGCCGGCGCCGUUACAACAAGUUGCGAGUGCAGCCGCCGGUUCCAGUAGCUUCGAUGGCUUAGUGAAGCGCCUCGACGAGAUGAUUGCGUCACGAGUUAAGACAGAGUUGCAACAGCAGAUCGCUCAAAUAAACUUGAAUCGUCGCAGCCGUUCUGUAUCGCGUGACGGCUACCGCGCGAGGAGAAGGAGCCGAAGCCGGACGCCAGGCGUGUGCUGGUACCACAACACUUUCGGAGACAAGGCCAGGAAGUGCACAACCCCCUGCAACUAUAAGGGAAACUUACAAGGCAGUUCGUAG